CAAAAGAACAACGCAUCGAGCUGCUGCCCUGUAGUUGGCAUUGAGAUAAGCAAAAGAUGUCCUCGUCGUCGGCAGCUGUCGCUGAAGCCGUAGCCUGCUGUAGGCUGGAAAAGCAGCAACGGCGACGACUGGCAGCCUUCGACUUUGAUCAUACAAUUGUGGCCCAAAAUACGGACACCGUGGUGAGGGACUUGCUGCCUCCGGAAGUGGUCAGCUCGCGGGCCCUGAACGAGUUGGUGGAGAACGAUUGUUGGACCGAGUACAUGUCUGAGGUUUUUCGUUUGCUGCAUGAGCAACAAGUCACGGAGGCCCGCAUUCGCGACACCAUCCGAGUCAUACCCGAGGUCCCGGGCUUCGUGCGCCUCAUCAAGCAUCUACACAAGAAACUCAACUUCGACAUGAUCAUCAUUAGUGACUCGAACAGUGUUUUUAUCGAUGAGUGGGUAAAGGCGCACAAUCUGGCCGACUGCUUUGUGGCCAUCUUCACCAACCCCGCCGAGUUCGACUCUAACGGGCAGCUUCAGGUACGGCCCCACCAUCAGCAGAGCGAGUGCAAGCUGAGCGCCAGCAAUCUGUGCAAGGGGCGCGUCCUUGAGCACUUUGUCAUUGAGCAGGACUUGCGGCGUAGUAUCCGCUACGACCACGUCUUCUAUGUGGGCGAUGGAAACAACGACAUCUGCCCCGUGCUGCGACAGCGGGCUUGCGACUUUGCCUGCGCCCGGCAGGGAUUCGCCAUGGAGAAGCAUUUGAUUCGGAACCGCAAUAAAUUGAAACUACGGGCGCACUUGUUGGUCUGGAAGAGUGGUUUUGACCUCAUGGAACAGAUGCUGGCCUUGCCGCAGAUGCAAGUUUCGCAAGUCGACCUUGAGACCGCGGAGGGUCAGGCAGAGAUGGCGCGGCGAGCAUCGGCAGUCGCCGGUCCAACCAAGCCGACCAACUAAAUUGGGAAUUCGAAAUUUGACAUUUUCUCAGCACAUUUGAGUGUUCUCAGUGCUUUUUUCUGCCCCUGUCUAUUACAUGUGAUCUUGGUACAUGCACAUGUAUAAAUAUGCGUAUUUAUUGAUAUUGAUAUAUAUACAUACAUAUACACAUUUAAAUGUAUGUUCUCGGUGUAAUACUAAUACAGUCUAUAUGUGUGCACCUACGUAGUACGUACAAUAUCCUUUACUUGGAGCAUUGUAGUAGUAGUGGUAGGCGAUUUAAUGAUGUUAAUGUUACAUAGUGGUCUCUCUCUUUUGGCGCCCGCAGCGCCUGUAACUGUAUAUUUGUAGAUGUAAUUGUUGUAAUUAUUCCAAGUUUAAUAUAUAAGUGUGUCCAUAUUAAAUGUAUGUGAACGUGUGCGUUACCGUUCCUGCA